UCAAUGACGUCACACAGGCGACAUUCUCAUUCUCAUUAUUUUUAUUUCGCAAUUUCCAGAAUAUCCUUAUAUAUUUUUCGUAUUUAGAUUUAAAUAAGUUUUUAUUAAAGACAGUGAAAUGGACAAUCAAUACUAUUAUAAGUUAAUGGCCAGUUAUCUGUCAAAACGAAACUGUGAUGAGUCUUUUAUGAGGUAUUUUUUUGGCAAAAAUGCAACAAAGAAAACGCCCGAAGAGCUGGAACGGGCAGAUGAAAGAAAACGUAGGUUACAACGAGAAAGAUCUCGAAGAUAUCGUGCUCUAAAGAACGCAAGGCGACAACAUGAAGGCGUCCGAGACAAUGCGGACAACGAGCCAGCGCGUAGUAAGUCCCGAGGAGUAUCCAUUGACGAGGAAUUUAGCGACGGUGACGAACCUCCGACGCUUUGUAAUUUUACCUACGAUGACAAAUGGCGGGAACCUGUCUCCUCCGACUGCGCAUCCGAUGAUAAUUCGGCGCAUAGUGCAGCUGAAUUAAAAGAGGCAGCACUCUCAGGAAAUAUAUCCCUUAAUUUAAAAGAGUUCCUUAGCUCUCCUAACAUGGAGCUAGACUACCCUACAGUGCACAGUCUUAUGUUCCACUGGUUACAAACGUAGCACUACUUUUGGCACCAUCCAUAUCAGCCGUGACAAAAUUUCGGCCCAUAUCAUUCUUCUUGGAUACAAUGCAAGUUCUGGCAGUCCCAUAUUAAUAAAAAUUAAAAAAAUAGUCUUAACUAGAUUACUAUAAAAAUUGAGAUCAUAGUCGACACAUAUCGAGGGUUGCUGCUUCUGUACAAUAAUGUAACACAUCAGUUAAGGAAACCGUCCGCCAGUAGUUUAAAGAAUAUUUUAUGUAAUUUAAUUGUUUAAUGUUACAGGCUUUUGUGAUUUCUUGUAAAGUAUUGAAUGCUAUUAACAUAAAAUUCUUUUAUAUGAUAAAAUGAUUUAGGUCAUAGAAACCUGAUCAAAAACAAAUGAAUGGCUAGAUAUACAGUCACCUCUUAAUAACUCAAUAUUUUAUAGUUCAUAGUAAAUUGGAUAUAUUGUAUACCAUUGUUGUGUUAAAUAGAAUAUAAUAUGUAUCUUGCCGAGUCACCAGAAAACUUAUUUGUUACAAAUGAUAUAAUUUACUGAACUUUUAGCACCCAGUGCAAAAUAAAAAAAUGAAAAUAUUGCUUAUAAUAUUAAUGAGCUCUUGUCACAAAGCUCCAUAUUUUGAGCUUACUAUGUUUUAGAAAUUAAGCUCUUCACUCGACACUAGUUGAUAAUAUUCCACUAGACAAUAAGUUGUUGUUAAGUUGCCAUAUCCUAAUGUUUAGAUACUCAAUUAUAUUACAUAUUAUAUAUGCAUAUAGAGAAGCAUAGAUUAUAUAUACCUAUAGUUUGUGAUACAAUGAAUUUACAUUUUGUGCGAAAUCUACAAUAUUAGCCAUGUUAAGAUUUAGUGUUAAGAAGAUAAGAUAAAGGCAACUUCAACUUCCGGACUGCUUGCAUCACUGAUGUGCUGCAUGCAUAACUCGUCUCACUGCCUGUUUAAAUUAUUAGUACAUUCCUUGUUUUUAAACAUUGUAUUGUUAUCAUAUUCAAAAUUAGUUUUUAGCAAUGAAAUGUAUUUCUUUGGAAUAUAUACCAAGUUAUUUAAAUUAGUUGAUAUAUUAUGUGACUAUUUUGGAGAGUAAGAUUCUGUUGCAUUUAAUUAAUAAUACUCAAAUACUUUGCUCUCUUACAUUGGUGAUACUGAAAAUACAAGGCUUAAAAUGUUUAAUUUUAUAAAUAUUAUUAUAGAUAUUAGUUCCAUUGGCAUUUAUGAAAUACUCUAAUAGUAAUCAACAACUUUGUAAUUAUAGUGAUGUGUAUGAAAUGCACGGAAUUAUGACUGAUAUUAAUAUCUUGUGUGAGAUUUUAUUGGAAGGAUAUUCAUUGUAAUAGUACCUUAUGAUGUUAAAUAGUAUAUAUAAAUUAUAGUUUUUUACCAAUAGCUACUUAUUCCAUAUUAAAAUUUAUCAUAAAAACUGCUUAAAUUAGAAUCAUUCUUUGAAAUAUUUUUAUUCCAUAAAUUAUAUAAUCAAUUGCAAUUUUUUUUUCCUUCCAUUAUAAUUUGCCUUCAAACGAGAAUGUAAUAAUAGUGUGAGUGCCUGUUUGUAGGUAUACAUCUGCCAUAUGAGUUAGGGUAGAAUUAGUUAUAAGACUUUUAAGUACUGAAUAACAAUGUAGUUGGCGCUAUUAGUUGUAAUAUAAGAUCCUCGAUUAUUCAGACAUUUCUGGUGCUUUAUUAAAACCGUAGUAGUGAGUUAGUGAAGUAUACUAUUUUUCUGGAGCAAAUAUAGACGACACAUACAAGAUAUGAGUUUGUGACACAAGUUUUUUAGUUUCAGAUUCUGCUCUAAUCACUAAUUGGUUUUUUGUUUCCAGUAACAAGAAAUGUAUACUACAGUUUUAAGGUAUUUAUAUUUGUGUAACAAAAUAUAUGACAAUAUUUUAAUUUAGUCGAUACCAUAUAAAUAUUGAUAAAUUAUGCAACAUUAAUAAUAAACAUUGGUAAUACAGUACGCAAAGAAAGAUGAUUUUUAACAGAAAAUUUAUAGCUAGUUUACUGCUUAAUUUUGACUCAAAAUAACAAUUAGUUUUAUAUUUGUCAUUUUUAUAUUUUUUUGUUAAUAAAUCGACAAUGUUAAAUAAUCUCGUUUAGAUCUGCUCAUAGCCAGCGAUGCCUUCAAUGAAUGUCAUUGUAUUUCGCAUACUUAUUUAGAUAUUAUGUAGGUAGGUACUGUAAAGUAGUGCCAUAUUAAAGAGCUUCCUAUUUUU